CUUCCCCAUAGGGAGUACAAUAACGAAGAAACCUAACCCUUCAUUCAUAUUCUCUUAUUAUAUCUCUCCUUUGUUUAAAGUUUGUUUGUUUGUUUAUUUAUUUCUUUAAGUUUCUUCUUUUGUAUAAAGCAAUCAGGGGGAAAUGCUUCAGUCCUCUCUGCGUACGCAAAACCGGCAAAGCUAGCAAAAAGGAUAUCCCAAAGCUAUAUAUCGACCGUUAUCGCUUAUAAAUAGGUAAACAGAGCAAAGGGCACUACGGACACUGCACGCAGCAAGUGGAAAGACACAGAUUAUGGAAAAUGGCGGGAACAUGUUCAUGGGGAACCGGGGGCAAACUGGUAAUAGCAGCAUUAAUCUCGCUUGGGAUAUACGGGAACUUAACCCUACAUCUGCUACGGGAUUUGAUUGGGGAGGCAACAAUAAUAAUACUACUAACGGCUUGAACUUGUACGCCACUAGUACUGCUACUACCAACGCCGCCGCCGCCACCAGGGCGGAGACUACCGCCUCCUCCUGCACCACGCUCCCUGAAGUGAGUACAGCCCACCCGCUCAUGUUUCUUCCUCACCAUGACAACGCUACUCUUGCCCACCACUUGAACCAGCAGCACGCUCUUUACACGGGAGACGGGUCUCAUACGCACCCUGACCCUCAUCUCGUUUGUUUGAAGCUUGGCAAGAGACACUAUUUCGAGGAUUCUACAGCUCUGUCCGACCGGCACGUGGCCGGUGGGUUCACCAUUGGAAAGAAAGGUAAACCAUAUUACAAUAAUAAUCUCGGUGGUGGUGGCGGGGGCGGAGUUGGAAUAGGGCCUUCCUCAUCGACAGCGGUUAUGGGACCUCCAGCGACGGUGCCAAGGUGUCAAGUUGAAGGAUGCCAUGUUGCGCUGGUCAAUGCUAAAGACUACCACCGGAGGCAUAAAGUUUGUGAGAUGCACUCUAAGGCACCCAAGGUGGUGGUGCUAGGGUUAGAGCAACGUUUCUGUCAACAGUGUAGCAGGUUUCAUGUGGUGUCAGAGUUUGACGACUCGAAGAGGAGUUGCAGGAGGAGAUUGGCAGGGCACAAUGAGCGUAGAAGAAAGAGCUCCCAUCACGAUUCUGCUUCCAGGAACUCUGCUCAAGAUAAUAAAUUGAUGACUGGGAGAUUUCCAUACCUAUCGUCGCCGACAGGACGUGCUCUCUCUCUUCUGUCAUCCAGGGCUGAUUCUUGGAUUUUCUCGUCUGAUCUCUCCUCAAGAUCUAGUGCUGCCUUGCGUGAGCUGAUUGCAGAAAAUCGUGCUGCCAUCCUGGCUCGGCAGCUCAUACUCGAUCGAGACUGGCACUUGCACCACCAUGCAAUGGAAGACCUAGGAGACGCCCAACCUGGGUCCAGUUCUGUAGCAGUUCAGCAGCACCCUUCAUUACCUGAGCCUCACGGUUGGGACAGGUUUCAUGAAGCCGGUGCCCAAGUUACGUUAGACCUCAUGCAAGCUUCAAGCUCAGCAUUCGAAAUGUUGUCUGUGAGGGGGAAAACUAAGGAAGAGGAAGAAGAGUGCUCCGAUUUGUGGAAUUCCUUGCAGGGAACACACGUAGUUUAAAAUUCCCAGUAGUUAUUGGUUUGUAACAGUUUAAUUGCUUUGUUUUCUGGGAUGAUUAUUGAUUAUCGACACUGUAUAAUUCAUUCAUAGUUUGAUCGCCAUUUCUUGUAACAGUAAGUCUGACCAUUUUCAUUCAAUCUUGUAGGGAUAUUUUUUUAUAGAAUAAAUAAACUCAUAAAUGCGUUUGAAGAA